GUGGCGGCUCCUGGCCCACGCCCCAGAUCCUGAGCUCGUCCGGCCCGCGCUGGCUCGCGUCCCCUGCGGCCGUUACUGUGGAGGACUCGCCUUCUGUUCCGCGUCCUGGGUCCGAGGACGAGUCGCGUGUCGCCUGCGCAGUCGCAACUCGGAACUAUGAAGAAAACCCUGGAGGAUGAGAUUGAAGCCAUUCUACAGAACAGGAUUAUGGUGCUAGAUGGUGGAAUGGGAACCAUGAUCCAGCGGUACAAGCUGAGUGAAGAAAGCUUCCAGGGUCAAGAAUUCAAAGGUCAUACCAAGCCACUGAAAGGCAACAAUGACAUUUUAAGUAUAACUCAACCCGAUGUCAUUUACCAAAUCCAUAAGGAAUACUUGCUGGCUGGAGCAGAUAUCAUUGAAACAAAUACGUUUAGCAGCACUCGUAUUGCCCAAGCUGACUACGGCCUUGAACACUUGGCCUACCGGAUGAACAAGUGCUCUGCAGCUGUGGCCCGAAAAGCUGCUGAGGAGAUAACUCUCCAGACAGGAAUCAAGAGGUUUGUGGCAGGAGCUCUGGGUCCAACUAAUAAAACACUCUCUGUGUCCCCGUCUGUGGAAAGACCAGAUUAUAGGAACAUCACAUUUGAUGAGCUUGUUGAAGCAUAUCAGGAACAAGCCAAAGGACUUCUGGACGGUGGGGUAGAUAUCUUACUUGUAGAAACUAUUUUUGACACAGCCAAUGCCAAGGCAGCCUUGUUUGCAUUACAGAAUCUUUUUGAAGAGGAUUAUGCUCCCCGACCUAUCUUUAUUUCAGGGACUCUUGUUGAUAAAAGUGGACGAACUCUUUCUGGACAGACAGGAGAAGCAUUUGUUAUCAGUAUGUCUCAUGUAGACCCACUCUGCAUUGGAUUAAAUUGUGCUUUGGGUGCAGCUGAAAUGAGACCUUUCAUUGAAACAAUUGGAAAAUGCACAACAGCCUAUGUCCUCUGUUACCCUAAUGCAGGUCUUCCCAACACUUUUGGAGACUAUGAUGAAACACCUUCCAUGAUGGCUAUGCACCUGAAGGACUUUGCUGUGGAUGGCUUGGUCAAUAUUGUUGGUGGAUGCUGUGGUUCAACACCAGAUCAUAUCAGGGAAAUUGCUGAAGCUGUGAAAAAUUGUCAGCCUAGGGUCCCACCUGCUAGUGUUUUUGAAGGUCAUAUGUUACUGUCUGGUCUCGAGCCCUUCAGGAUUGGACCGUACACCAACUUUGUUAACAUUGGAGAGCGCUGUAAUGUGGCAGGAUCCAGGAAGUUUGCUAAGCUCAUCAUGGCAGGAAACUAUGAAGAAGCUCUGAGCGUUGCCAAAGCGCAGGUGGAACUGGGAGCCCAGGUGCUGGAUAUCAAUAUGGAUGAUGGCAUGCUAGAUGGUCCCAGUGCAAUGACCAGAUUUUGCAACUUUAUUUCUUCUGAGCCUGACAUCGCCAAGGUGCCUUUGUGUAUUGACUCUUCUAACUUUGCUGUGAUUGAAGCUGGGCUGAAAUGCUGCCAGGGGAAGUGCAUAGUCAACAGUAUCAGUCUGAAGGAGGGAGAGGAUGACUUCUUGAAGAAGGCCAAGAAAAUCAAGAAGUUUGGAGCUGCUGUGGUGAUCAUGGCUUUUGAUGAAGAAGGACAGGCAACAGAAACCGACAUGAAAAUCAGUGUGUGUACACGAGCCUACCAUCUACUUGUGGAAAAAUUGGGCUUUAAUCCAAAUGACAUCAUCUUUGACCCCAACAUCCUCACCAUUGGAACUGGGAUGGAAGAACAUAACUUGUAUGCUAUUAAUUUUAUCCAUGCAACCAGAGUCAUUAAAGAAACAUUACCAGGAGUUCGAAUAAGUGGAGGUCUUUCCAACUUGUCCUUUUCCUUCCGAGGAAUGGAAGCCAUUCGAGAAGCAAUGCAUGGAGUUUUCCUUUACCAUGCAAUCAAGUUUGGUAUGGACAUGGGGAUAGUGAAUGCAGGCAACCUCCCUGUGUACGAUGAUAUCCAUAAGGAUCUUCUCCAGCUCUGUGAAGACCUCAUUUGGAAUAAAGACCCUGAGGCCACUGAGAAGCUCCUACGGUAUGCCCAGACUCAUGGCAAAGGAGGGAAGAAAGUUAUCCAGACAGAUGAGUGGAGGAACAGUCCUGUUGAAGAGCGCCUUGAACAUGCCCUCGUGAAGGGUAUUGAAAAACACAUUAUUGAGGAUACUGAAGAAGCCAGGUUAAACCUGGAAAAAUACCCCCGACCUCUGAAUAUAAUUGAAGGGCCCCUAAUGAAUGGCAUGAAAGUUGUUGGUGAUCUUUUUGGAGCUGGAAAAAUGUUUCUACCUCAGGUUAUAAAGUCAGCCCGGGUCAUGAAGAAGGCUGUUGGUCACCUUAUCCCCUUCAUGGAAAAAGAAAGAGAAGAAGCUAGAGUGCUUAAUGGUAAAGAAGAGGAGGACCCUUACCAAGGCACCAUUGUUCUGGCCACUGUUAAAGGUGACGUGCAUGACAUCGGCAAAAACAUAGUUGGUGUGGUCCUAGGCUGCAAUAAUUUCAGAGUUAUUGAUUUAGGAGUCAUGACUCCCUGCGAUAAGAUAUUGAAAGCUGCUCUUGAUUACAAAGCAGAUAUAAUUGGCCUGUCAGGACUGAUUACUCCUUCUCUAGAUGAAAUGAUAUUUGUUGCCAAGGAAAUGGAGAGAUUAGCUUUAAAGAUUCCACUGUUGAUAGGAGGAGCAACUACUUCAAGAACUCAUACAGCAGUUAAAAUAGCUCCAAGAUACAGUGCACCUGUAGUACAUGUUCUGGAUGCAUCCAAGAGUGUGGUGGUGUGUUCUCAACUGUUAGAUGAAAAUCUUAAGGAUGAAUUCUUUGAAGAAAUUCUGGAAGAAUACGAAGAUAUUAGACAGGACCAUUAUGAAUCCCUCAAGGAAAGGAAAUACUUAACUCUAAAUCAAGCCAGAAAAAACGGUUUCCACAUCAAUUGGCUGUCUGAACCUCGCCCAGUGAAGCCCAUGUUUAUUGGGACUCAGGUCUUUGAAGACUAUGACUUGCAGAAGCUGGUGGACUAUAUUGAUUGGAAGCCUUUCUUCGACGUCUGGCAGCUCCGGGGCAAGUACCCAAAUCGAGGCUUCCCCAAGAUAUUCAAUGAUAAAGCAGUAGGGGAAGAGGCCAGAAAAGUGUACGAUGAUGCUCAGAGUAUGCUGAACAUACUGAUUAGUCAAAAGAAGCUCCAAGCCAGGGGUGUGGUUGGAUUCUGGCCAGCGCAGAGUGUCCAAGAUGACAUCCACUUGUAUGCAGAAGAUGCGGUGCCCCAGGCUGCAGAGCCCAUAGCCACCUUUUAUGGGCUGAGGCAGCAGGCUGAAAAGGACUCUGCCAGUACAGACCCUUACCACUGUCUCUCAGACUUCAUUGCUCCUCUGAAUUCUGGUGUUCACGACUACCUGGGUCUGUUUGCUGUUGCCUGCUUUGGGGUGGAAGAGCUGAGCAAGGCCUAUGAGGAGGAUGGCGAUGACUAUAACAGCAUCCUGGUCAAGGCACUAGGGGACCGGUUAGCUGAGGCCUUCGCAGAGGAGCUUCAUGAGAGAGUUCGCCGGGAACUAUGGGCUUACUGCAGCAAUGAGCAGCUGGAUGUCACAGACCUGCGCAAACUCCGGUAUGAGGGCAUCAGGCCAGCUCCUGGCUAUCCCAGCCAGCCCGACCACACCGAGAAGCUCACUAUGUGGAGACUGGCCAACAUCGAACAAGCCACAGGCAUUAGCUUGACAGAAUCUUUGGCAAUGGCACCUGCCUCAGCGAUAUCAGGUCUCUACUUCUCCAACGCGAAGUCUAAAUAUUUUGCUGUGGGGAAAAUUUCCAAGGAUCAGGUUGAGGAUUAUGCUUUGAGGAAGAACAUGCCUGUGGCUGAGGUGGAGAAGUGGCUUGGCCCCAUCCUGGGAUACAAUACAGACUGACUUCUUUCUUUCUCUUUUUAACCUUCUUUGUGCUUGCUGACUUCAAGGAAGUGUAAUCCAUAAUGCCUUAAAAAUAACAAAAAGCCUGUGUAGGUUGGCUUGACCCCACCCUGCUGUUGUGGUUGGGGCCUGGUGGCAUGCAGUAACUAGCAGAGCUAGGUCUUCCUGAGAUUCUGGACAACAAACCCUGCUCCUUCCUUGGAAAUGGACAAGCUGGUGACAGUAUUUCAAAGCAAGUCAACUAGUUUUGUUCAUUUUUGCUUUGGACCUAAAAGGAAACUUUUAUUAUUACUUUUCCUCUCCUAGCAAAACAAAAACCUGAAACUGUUGAAAAGGAAAAAUGAGAUUGUGUGGCAAAAAGUUGUAGUGCACAGUGGGCAUUUUAAUGUAAUGGUUCCUGGUAGGCUGAAGGGGGAAAGGCACUCCUAUGCUUUUUCUUGGGAGACCUCGUUUGUCUAAGGAGUCACUGAGUGGUUGUAGUAAUUGCUAAACUUCUUUUGGCAAAAGGCUUGUUCUUGCUGCUUGUCUGAUAGAACUUCUCGAGCUGUUUGCCCCAGUGUGGCCACAUAUAGGUAUAAUCCAUGUUGUUUUCUUCUGUGAUUUCAUAAUUCCUUGUACUAGAAGAGAGAAAUGUAAGUGAGGGAAAGUGACUCUUAGAGCUGAGCAGGUUCUUGGCUGAGUUGGGAUGGCUUGUGCAGAUUUGGACUGGUUAACGGCAUAACACCACUUAGUUCUUUUUCUGCUCCUACAUACUUUGGAAAUAGCGCAUUGACUGGUUCUGGGUUGUAUUGGGGAAGUUAUUCAGAACAUGGGAUUUGAAGUUAGGCAUUCAGUGGACUCAGGUUUCACUUAAUUGCUUUGUGACAUAAGCAAAGUGUCUUCUUAUCUGUAAAAUGAGAACAGUGAUGCUGGUUUCUGUCUCAUUGGGUGAGGUACAGGUUAACAAAAUGACAUGCCUGUAUGACAGUUAACAUCAGACAGAAGGUACUUAAUUAAUGAUAGGUUCUGGGGAGCUCUAUAGGUAGUUCGUCAUUCUCUGUACAACAGAUAGUCUUGACAAGAGAAGAAGAGGUUAAGGGAGGAGAAAGGGAGUGUGGGUAAAUGGGUGUGGGAAUGAUAGUCAAUAUGCUAGGUCCCCAUCUGGAAUUAGGGCUAUAAUGUGCAGACUGGAAAGGAAAAGCCACCUCUUGUGGUAUAUGUACCUUGACACUCAUUUCCUGCAAGGCAAACCCUUCUCUUACCUCUUGUGCUAUAAGCAAGCUUGUCUUGCUCCAAAAGCACUUAUACAUUGUUCACUCAGGUACAUUGGCAGUAAAAGGAAGAAAAUGAAAGACUUUAGAAAUGAUGAAUCCCUGUAUAUCCACAAUCUCUAGAAGUUUGUGUGCAGAGUGGCAUACAUUGUUAAUAUCAUUGCCUUUGAUUUGGAAAUAAUUGUUUUGUUUAGGUAUGUUUAACUCCUUAGAAUUAAAAUGGAACUGGAAGCCAGGUGUGGUGGCACACACCUUUAAUCCUAGCACUUGGGAGGCAGAGGUAGGUGGAUCACUUGAGUUAGAGGCCAUACUGAGACUACAUGGUGAAUUCCAUAGUGUGAGACCCUACCCCCAAAAAACAAAAAGAAAAUGGGACUGGAUAUCACAAGCCACUUAGUUGCAGGGCAUAUUUUAAGAGUCCCGACUAUUCACCAUUACACCAUGGAACCACAAAACAAGACAUAUUUCCACAGCAGCCAUAUCGUUUGGGUGUUGAUUGUAACAUUGUUUUGUGAGAAAGAAUAACCUCCAGAUAUGUAUUUAAUUUGAGCAUUUGUUAAGAGCCACCUGACUUCACCACCAUUCUUUUCAGCUGAUUGUAAUGGCUUCUUUAAUGUGUUGUUGGUUUAAUCCCAUAAUAGAUGCCUUUGUUUUGUGCAAGUUCAAGUGCCUGCAUGUUCACUAAGCAAUAUAAAGUAUAACUUGGAAGCAUCCUUGGUUUAUUAUGGAUAUGCAAGAGAAGCAGAACUUCAAAAGUGGGUGGUACCAUUCUGAAUGUGACUCUUGCUCAUGUGGUAGACUGCAUUGGCAUUUCCCCUUACUGUUAGCAUCUAGGACUCUGGCAUUAACCAAUCCACAUUCCAGGCUUCCACAUUUACUAGGACUGCACAUUUACUUUUCCGUCUAUGAUACUGUCCCAAGUCUGACAUGGUAUGACUUGUGAUCCCAGCAUAUAGGAAACCAAGGUAGGAUUGGCAUGAGAAUUGACAGUCUAGGCUACAUAGUAAGAUACUUCCUCAAAACAAAAUAGGACUUAUCCCCAAUUUACUACUUGCCGUCCUCUGUGGAGGCUGGUUUUGUAGCAUAGUGGUUGAGAACUUGUUCUAUGGUAUUGUUAACUAUUUAUCCCUUGAGUUAGUCUGUAGAGAAUAGUAUUCUUUUUUCUUUUCUCAUUCUCAUAGGAGGCAUUCUGUCAAUAAACACUUGGGUGCCUAUCAUGUGACUAUCUGUUUUCUCUUUCCAUUCAUACUUAAUUCACUGAAGGUAGAGGUAUAUAUGUUUCCCAUCUCUUGUAUCACUAAUAACUUUUUGUUUGUUUUGAGCAGGGUCUUACUAGCCCAGACUGAUAUAGAACUCACUCUGUAAUCCCAGGCUGGCCUCAAUGCACUGAUCCUCCUACCUCCUACCUUAGCCUCCCAGGUACUAAAGGCACGAGUCACCACUCCAGUUCAGCUAAUGGCUUAUUAGACCCAGUGGGUUUUCUUUCCUUUUGUUUUGGGUAGUACUGACCACUUUGUCAAAAUACUCUUUACUUUGAUCCUCUGCUUUGACAUUAUUUUUCUGAUUAGCCUUUUUCCUUUAUAAUCAUAUCAGCCAUUUUCUUAGGCUUUUUUUUUCUCCUCACUUAAACUCCCAUGUUCCUAAAGUUUGUCACUAGUUAGUUGCCUUCUUGGUUGUAGUUUUAGAUGAGAUCAGGUGCAUUCAGGGUGGUAUGGCCAUAGACGUAGUUGUGAUUAGUUUUAAUUUCAGAGGGUAGUCUCAUCUGGUCAGUGCCCUAGGUUGCUUCAUCCAGAGUCCUGGUCCUUAAGAAAGGCCUCUGCUCAAAAACUCCAGAAGGACAUGAGAUACCUCACACUGGAAUACCCCAGUCCUUUCCCUCCCUGCUUCUCGUUGUAUCCCUGAUGUAUUUAGUAACAAAGACCGAUCCUGCCACCUAAGCAGCAGAUCUCAAGCUUAUUCCAUCUUGUCUUUUUCUAGGCUAAGAACAGUUACCUCAAAAAAUUUGUUCAUAAAUAUAUAUUUUAGAAAGAUGCUGGUUGAGGCCUGUAUUAGAAACGAAUGGACAAAGAUAGAACAGCAGGAAGGAACAGAUAAAAAACCAUUUGUGUUUGUAAAUAAGAAUAUUAAAGUUUGUAGAAGUACUAAAUCUUCCAGUUGAGCUAUACACUCAGUGCCAUUUCCAACAGAAAUUCCAACUGAGAUUAUGUUUAACAUAAGCAAAUACUUAAAUUUAUAUGGAAUUGCAGAAGAUGAAGUGGCCAGAUGUUUCUGCAGGUGAAGAGGUUUAGGAGCCUUGCCUGGUAAUACAUCAAGUGUCACUGUAGAAAUAGUCUCAUGUGAUGCAGAAAUGACAUUUUGCACAGUUGAAAGAACAGCCUAAAAACAAACCUAUGGUACACAUACUGACUUUGUUGGCAGGUGGGGUGAAUUACAGGUGAGUGGGACAGGGAGGAAUAGUGCAGAAAUGAUUACAAAAACAACAGGUAUCCAUUUGGGAGUCUGGAAAGUUGAUCUUUACCUCACACCUUAUCCAGCAGUCAAUUGCAAAUAUGCAAAGGGCGUUAGUACAGAAGCCUAAGUCCGUAAAGUGUCUAUGAAGAAAGUUAUGUGGCAGGAAAGGAAAGGAUGUCUGAUAAAAAAGUUGCUAAAUUUGGCACCAAGGGCUUGUGUUAAGCAAAUGAACAAUUUAAGAGGGAAGAUAAUUUGUGAUACAAAUGGCUGGUGAGGCUUUAGUAAUCAAGAUAAAUAGGAACUUUCUACCUGAAAAAAAAUGGAAGUGAAAUGCAUUCACAUAAGGCUGUUAAUUGGUGAUCAGAGGUAUGACUUAGGACCAUGUGUGAUUCUCUCCCCACAAUCCCAGUGUUAAAAAGAUCUGUGGAAGAAGAAAAAUACUGGGAGUGGUGGCACAAGCCUUUAAUUCCAGCACUUGGGAGGCAGAAGUAGGAAGAUAGCUGUGAGUUCAAGUCCAGUCUGGGACUGCAGAGCAAGUUCCAGGUCAGCCUGGGUUAGAAUGCGACCCUAUCUGAAAAAAGAAAAAAAAAAAAAAAAAGACGAUAGAAAACAGGAUCUGUGGGAGGAUAUACAUGUGUAACCAGCAAGUUAUUGUAGAACAGCAACCUUUAAACACAUGAGCCUUGGCACACAGGUCUACCAGGUCUUACAUCUUGGUGUGUGCAAGAGUGUUCAUAGUAAUACAGCCAUGACGGUUUAUAACUGGAAGAAGUGAAAUGUAAGACAGAUUUAUAAAUUAGCUCUGCUUACCCUAAGGAGCAUUAUUCUGCAGUAGAAGUGAAUAGGGUUCAAGCAAUACGUUCUCAGUAUGGGGGAAAACAAGUUUCAUAUGUCUACAUAUGGUGUGAAACUACUUUGAUUGAGUCCAGAAAUGAGCAAAACUAAAGAAUAUAUUGUCUGAGCAUACAUAUGUGGGAAAAAUAACACAGUGACAUCCAAAAUUUGUGAUAGCUGUGGGAGAGGGAAUAAAAGGGCUGGAAUGAAACACAUAGGUAAGUGAUUUUAGAGUCAUGUUCUGGCUUUUGGAUGGGAGGGUUAUAGGUGUUUACUACAUACUGUUUUGCUUGCUGACAUUUUUGUAUGUUUUUAAAUGUGCUAUAUUUACUAUGUGUAUAAAAUAUAUUUUAAAAAUAUAAAGAUAUAGUGAAAUUAUAA